AUGACUGGCGGCAAAUCCGGAGGCAAGGCCAGCGGCUCCAAGUCCAGCGCCCAGUCCCGUUCUUCCAAGGCCGGUCUCGCGUUCCCUGUCGGUCGUGUUCACCGUCUCCUGCGCAAGGGCAACUACGCUCAGCGCGUCGGUGCUGGUGCCCCCGUGUACCUCGCUGCCGUUCUCGAGUACCUCGCUGCCGAAAUCCUCGAGUUGGCUGGCAACGCUGCCCGCGACAACAAGAAGACUCGUAUCAUUCCCCGUCAUCUCCAGCUCGCCAUCCGCAACGAUGAGGAAUUGAACAAGCUUCUCGGCCACGUCACCAUCGCCCAGGGUGGUGUUCUUCCCAACAUUCACCAGAACCUGCUCCCCAAGAAGACGGCCAAGCCUGGCAAGGGUCCUUCACAGGAGCUCUAA